GAAAUAGGUUUGUCUGUCUUCCCUGUCAAGAUCUAGGGUUUUCCAAUCUGUUCAAAGAUCUGUUUGAAGCUAGUUUUCUCUCUGUCUUGCCCUUACAAGAAGAUCAAAUCGAGUUCAUGUUGAUCCACCAAGAAACCUACAGCAAUCACAAAUUAUUAGGAUUUUUCAGCCCUCCAAAUUUCAUGCUAUGAUUCCUGUACUUGGAUAAAAUCAAGAUGGAAAGAAAUAGCAGCACCGAAUGCUCAAAGACAACAACGACCCCAUCUAAACAAAACCACCUUCCGCCGGAGGCCGAGAGCGAAACCGAAGACAACGACGGUGAAAGUAAGCCUAGAAAUGUAGGAAGCUCGAGCAACAGCACGGUGGAAGAGAACGAUAAGAAGCCAUCCGUUAGGCCUUAUGUCAGAUCCAAGACGCCGAGGCUCCGAUGGACACCGGACCUCCACCUUGGCUUCAUUCACGCCGUCGAGCGACUCGGUGGACAAGACAGAGCUACUCCGAAGUUGGUUCUUCAGCUGAUGAACAUAAAAGGACUUAGCAUCGCUCAUGUCAAGAGCCACCUACAGAUGUAUAGAAGCAAGAAGAUUGAUGAUCCAAGAAAAGCCAUGAAUGAUCAUAGGCAUCUUGUGGAAAGUGGAGAUCGAAAUAUUUAUAACUUCAACCAACUUCCCAUGCUGCAAGGCUAUAAGAAUCAUCACCAAAGUUCUCGAUACAUAAUUCUUAUACGAGCCAGUUUCAUCGAUGAACAAAGACCAGGAUUGCAUGGAACCGUGAUGGAGAGGAUCUUUGGCAGUAAUAGGACGACAAAUUAUGCUUCCCCUUUCAAUGUAUUGAAGAAAGAAUUUUCAUCGUUCCUUACUCAUCCAAGUACUCAACCCAAAGUAGAAUACGGGACAAGUUUUAGCCGGAACAGUGCACAUGGGCGUAAGGCGAUGAAAAGAUCGAUAUCGGACAGCAAUCUCGACUUGGAUCUAUCUUUACGGUUAACAUUGCUGAACGAGGAGCGGCGGAGAUUGGUGGAGGAAGACGAUGUCGGCCGUGACUUAUCACUAUCGUUGUGCUCACCGCCGCUACCGUCAAAGGUUAGCAGAUUGGAAGGAGAAGAUAGUAGUAGGGGGAGUGGAAGAAGGGUAAGUACUCUUGAUCUGACUAUAUGA